UAUGAAAGUAGGUAGAGAACGUCAUUGCGAAGUCAUGGUUAACACGUAGCCGGUGUUCAACGUGUCUUAAACUCCUAGCCUAGGCAUAGUGAUUUGAUAAUUUGUUGCAAGCAGCUUGAUUUGCAGCGUGUUGAAUAGAAACAAAUGUUAAUAUGUUCAUGGCAAAUGUCUGUUAAAAUUUCACGGAAAUAUUUAUCAUUACAUUCAGAAAUUUAAAGGAAAUAUGUUGCCAAAUAGAACAUCCAUUACAAAUACUAAAAAAGAUAUGUUCCCUGACAAGAAAUCGACGUCUAAGCAAAUGAAAACUUCUACGUUAACAAACGCCGCUGGACUUAGUUCUCUUAUUACUUUUACUGUUUUGCUACUUGCUUGGAUCUCAGGAUUUGCUUCUCGGUUAUUCGCGGUGAUACGUUUUGAAAGUAUCAUACAUGAAUUCGAUCCUUGGUUUAACUACAGAGCUACAGCAUAUAUGGUACAACAUGGAUUCUAUAAUUUUUUAAAUUGGUUUGAUGAAAGAGCAUGGUAUCCGCUGGGUCGUAUUGUAGGUGGAACUGUUUAUCCUGGAUUAAUGAUAACAUCUGGAUCUAUACAUUAUAUAUUACAUUCUUUAAAUAUCCCAGUGCAUAUAAGAGACAUUUGUGUAUUCUUAGCUCCGAUAUUUAGUGGUCUUACAGCCAUUUCUACGUACUUAUUAACAAAAGAAAUAUGGAGUGCAGGAGCUGGUUUAUUUGCAGCGUGUUUUAUUGCAAUUGUACCUGGUUACAUUUCAAGAUCUGUAGCAGGAAGUUAUGACAAUGAAGGCAUUGCCAUUUUUGCACUACAAAUUACAUAUUAUCUGUGGGUUAAGUCAGUUAAAACUGGCUCUAUUUUUUGGGCUUCUAUGACUGCUCUGUCCUACUUUUAUAUGGUAUCUGCAUGGGGUGGUUAUGUUUUUAUCAUUAAUUUAAUUCCACUUCAUGUUUUUGCAUUAUUGAUCAUGAAUCGAUUCAGUAAUCGUCUUUUUACAAGUUACACUACAUUUUAUAUUCUGGGACUUUUAUUGAGUAUGCAAAUACCAUUUGUUGGUUUUCAACCAAUAAGAACAUCAGAACACAUGGCAGCUGGAGGUGUGUUUGGAUUAUUAAUUUUUGUGGCAACCCUCAGAUAUCUAAGAACUGUACUUACAAAAUCUGAAAUGAAAUACUUUGGAGGAGUGGUUGCAGUUACAGCCGGCAUUCUUUUGUUUAUUUUAAUAUGUUUGACUUAUGCCGGUGUUAUUGCACCUUGGAGUGGAAGGUUUUAUUCACUUUGGGAUACUGGUUAUGCAAAGAUACACAUUCCAAUAAUAGCAUCUGUUUCUGAACAUCAACCUACAACAUGGUUUAGCUUUUUCUUUGAUUUACACAUUCUUGUUACAACGUUUCCUGUGGGCUUGUGGUACUGCAUUAAACGUAUCAAUGAUGAACGUGUUUUUGUUAUAUUGUAUGCUAUAAGUGCUGUUUAUUUUGCUGGAGUAAUGGUGAGGCUUAUGCUCACUUUAACUCCAGUUGUUUGUAUGCUUGCUGGAAUUGCAUUUAGUGAUCUUCUUGAAUUAUUUUUCAAAGAGGAAGACAAUGAAAGAAACGAUCGAAGUAAUAAUGGAAGUGAAGAAGAAAGUGAAGAAGAAAGAGAAAGAAGCCCUGGUAGAUCACUCUAUGAUAAAGCUGGUAAACUUCGUAGAAUGAGACAUGAGAGACCUAGGGGUAAUGGAGAUGGAUUAGGUGUUAAUCUUCGAAAUGGUGUUGUCAUUGGUGCAUUUGUAUUAAUGAUGAUGUUUACACUGCAUUGUACUUGGAUUACAAGUAAUGCAUAUUCUAGCCCUUCGAUUGUUUUGGCAUCAUAUAGUAACGAUGGAGGUAGAGCUAUUCUAGAUGAUUUCAGAGAAGCUUAUUAUUGGUUAGCACAAAAUACACCUACUGAUGCUAGGAUUAUGAGUUGGUGGGAUUAUGGCUAUCAAAUUGCUGGGAUGGCUAAUAGAACUACGCUUGUGGACAAUAACACUUGGAAUAAUUCACAUAUAGCUCUAGUUGGAAAAGCAAUGAGCUCAAAUGAAAGUGCUGCUUAUGAAAUUAUGACAUCAUUAGAUGUAGAUUAUGUAUUAGUUAUUUUUGGAGGAAUGAUUGGAUAUUCCGGAGAUGAUGUUAAUAAGUUCCUUUGGAUGGUACGAAUUGCUGAAGGCGAACAUCCACAAGAUAUUCGUGAAAGUGAUUAUUUUACUGAAAAAGGCGAAUUUCGCGUGGAUUCGGAAGGUUCACCUACCCUUUUGAAUUCACUAAUGUAUAAAUUAAGCUAUUAUCGAUUUGGGAAAGUAAAGAUUGAUUAUCGAUCGCCCUCUGGUUAUGAUCGUACGCGUAACGCCGAAAUAGGAAAUAAAAAUUUCCAGUUAACAUAUUUGGAAGAAGCCUACACGACUGAACAUUGGCUUGUUAGAAUUUACAGGGUGAAAAAGCCAAAUGAAUUUAAUAGACCAAGCAUUCCAAUAUCUAAACGAAUUGUUACACGAAAUGCUAAUUCAUAUGUUAGUAAAAAGACACCACGUCGUAAGAAAGGUUACAUAAAAGGCCGGCCAACUAUUAUUAAAGGACAAAAACCUCAACGAAAAACUACGUAACAUACAUUUAUUAUCUAAUUCAUAAUAAUUUUCAAAUACAACUUUUAUAAUAAGGAAAAAGAAUUAUACACCGUCCCUUGGGUCUACCACAAAUUGUACCUCAAAUUAAGAUUUUAAUAUCAUUAAAACUCGAAUCAAUUAAAUAUAGAAUAAAAAAAAUUUUCAACACUGAAAGCAAUUGGGACAAUUUUUUAACAAAAAUGAUCUUUAAAAAAGCGAUCAUGUUUUCAAUUUUACUCAUUACACUACGAAAAUUUCUUAUUUUUUCAAAAUUAUGAAAUAUUAUCUAUGUAUGGCUACUUUACAUAUCGAUUAGGUAAAAUAUAAUUUCUAUAUGGUUGCAGUAUAUGGUGAAUUUCUAUAAUUGAAUUUACAUUAUUCAUGGAGUGGAAAAAUUUUAUAUUCAUACAGUUUAAAUCUUUGUACUUAAGUAGUCUCUAGCUUUUUGCUUACGUGAUUUUAUGCAUAUUAUGUUCUGAUUGCAAAUUACGGAAAUGAGCUUUGAAUUAUCACAUGAGAAAUAUGAUAAAAGAACUAAUGCGUAAACUUUUCUUAUAUCUGUGUAAUGCACACUAAACAUCAAUAAGAAAAAUUCGCUAGUCAAACUGAACGAAAAAAUGGAAACAUUUAUUAUAAAUAUCAAACAGGUGAGAUCAGAGGGAUUAAAUAUGUGUUAUGUAUACACAGUUAUACAGUAUUGUAUACUAUUCUUGUUGAACAUUUGUAAGAAGGAACUUGUCACUUAAAAGCAUUGUAUAUUUAAUAUUUGAUUUAUCUUUCCUUUUCUUUUGUAUAGAAUUUAAAAAUAUAGAAGACAAAUUGAAUUUUAUGCAGUGGAAAUAUGCUUUUAAGUGUAAUGUAUUAUUUUGUCUUAUAAUUUUUUGAUUGUCCAUUGUUCUAGCACUUUUUUUAAGUACAGUGCUAUAGUUCACGUUUCAUUCAAAUUUGAAAUUUAUAUCUUUGUGAUCUACAUUGUAACCAUUCUUCUUAUUAUAAAACAUAUUGUUUAUUUAUAAUAUGUACAUAAUCCAAUUACUAUUUUUAGCAAUUGUAUGUAUUUCAAAGAUCACAAAAUUAUAGUUAAAGCAAUGUUAAGUACGCAAAAUAGCUGUGUACACAAUCAUUGUGUAUAUUUGAUUAUAAAGAAGACAAAAAAAUAUAAAUGAAACAAGGUUGUAAUACAUA